AUAAAAACAAAUUAAGAUUAUUAAAAUUACAGACAGUUUUGAUUACAUUUCGUAAAUCAAGAUAAAUAUCAAAACUAUUUUUGCUGUGUUUUGCCGGGAAUUAUUUGUUAAUAUGAAAACAAUAAAUACUGCUUAUGCAGUCUUCAGUUGCUGUACUUUAAAAGAUAAUGGAGUUAUUGCCUGGAGUAAAGAUAUUGACAAAUUGGUGAAAAUUAAAGGCUAAAUAAUGACAAAACGCAUUCAAAUGGACCGUAGAAAUAUGUCACAAGUUGGACAGUGUUGUCCUGCUUGCUCUAAAAACGGCAAAUCUCACUUCUUAAUUCCAAAAAAUAUUUUAAGAUGUGAGAAUAACGAAUGUUUUUACGUUACGGAAGCUAACGUUCAUGUUUCUAAUACUGUAAAUUUGCCUGGUGCAGUAGCUUCAAGGGAUGACCAGUCAAUAAACAACCAUACAAAGUAUGUACUUUUGAACAGCAAUCAUAAAUUAAAUCCAAACAAUUUGUUGACUCCUCUUAAAGAAAUUCAAGAUGACUUCAAGCCUAAUAUGGACAUAAAACUAAUUCCAAAUAAUUAUUUUAAUGAGCAAUAUUUCAAUUUCAAAGAUCAAUAUGAUAGUGAAAUAAAUAUUGCAGCUCAUGCUUUAAAAAAUGAAAUUUUUUUUGUUAAUGCUUGCAUAAGUCAAGCUGGUGAUAUCUGUCCAAAAUGUUAUAGAGAAGGACGCACGAAUAAGUUAUGUAUUUUUUAUAUAGAAACCAAUUUUGCAAUCCUGAGAUGUGAAGACAUUAAUUGCCUAUAUCCAUUAUUUGCCGAAGCUGCUAUAAAAAAUCAAAAUGAUAAAAGUUUAAACGCUAUGAACUCAAACAACAAUGCGGAAUAUCCAAAAAUAAAAAAAUUUCAACUGAAAACUUGUAGUGAAGUUAGUCUGGUAAGCAAAAUCAUGAAAUCAAAACGAAAUUUUAUUUUUCCCGCCAACAAUAAUUUUUCAAGCGCUUUGCCAUUAGAUAAAGAAGGAAAACGUGUAGUCAAGUUUUCAAUAACGGUGCGAGCAUCUGUCAGUGGUAUCUUUUCUAAUGGUAAAACGAAUAUUAACAUGGAAACUGAAGAUUUAAAAACAAAUGACGCUCAUGCUAAAUAUUUAAAUAACUUACGUAUGUCGGUGAUUGGUGACAAGUUGGAAAUUACACAAAAAAAUUUAAAUGAAGAUUCAAGAGUCUUUCCAACAAGCAAUCACGAGAAUAAUGUUAAUUUUAUGGAAUCAAACUUAGUUCCAAACUCAUUAAAACUUACGAGAACAGCAAAAUCCAGUCUCUUAUCACCUAAGUCAUGCUCAGUUUACACGAAUACGAGUUCAGAAAAUCAAGUUGUAGAUUCCAGACAAAUUUCGAAAACUAACAAUAUUAAGUCUUUCAAUUCAAACAGUUCAUCAGUAAUAUCUGGUAUCAAUCAUAACUGUAAUAAGAAUAAAGAAAUUAAGGCAAACCUUAACAUUUCUAAUGAACGUCCAGUGUUUUCUAUUUCAAAUAUUAACUCCAAUUAUGACACUGUAACUAGAACAGCUAAUGAUUUUUCGAAGUUAACAAAUCAAUCAACACAUAAAGCAAAACACUUGAAAAGGUCACGUGAAGAAUCCGAAAGCGAAAUAUCCAACAAAAAAUAUAAGAAAGAUGUAAGACAUAACUUUCAUGGAAGUAAUGCAAUUAAGGCGAACCCCAAUAUUCACGAGCCGUCAGUGUUUUCUGUAUCAAAUAUAAACCCUAAUUAUGAGUCUGUAUCUAGAACAGUUAAUGAGUUCACAGAGUUGAUAUGUCAAUGGAUAAAAACAGCAAAUCACUUGAAAGGAUCACCUACAAAAUCUGAAGGUGACAUCUCCGGUGGAGAAAACGAAAUACGGAUGAUGGAGUCACUGAGCCUACCUGUAAUAUCUGAUAAAAGUCAUGACUUUAACGGAAUAUAUGAAACAAGGUUUUCUGUAUCAAAUGAAAACACUGAUGAUCCUGUUGUUGUAAAGGCUAGUAGUUAUUCUGAAUCGAUAGAUCAACGAAGGAAACCAGUAGCACACUCAAAGAGGCCUUUUAAAAAACGCAGAAGUCAAUCCGUUUGUGGAGAAAAUGAAAUUCGCAAGAUAAAAUCAUCUAACCUACCUGAUUUAUUUGAUAACAAUUAUGGAUUUAAAGGAAGAGACGAAAUUGCUGUACAAUUAAAAACGUGUGAUGCGCAGCAAAGGGUUUCUGUAUCAAGUAAAAAAACUGAUCCCAUGGCUACAAAGCCUAAUGGUUAUUCUGAAUCGAUAGAUCAACAGAUGAAACCAUCAACACACUCGAAAUGGUCACGUACAAAAUCUAAAAGUGACACCUCCGGUGAAGAAAAUGGAAUACGAAUGACGGAGUCACUGAGUCUACCUAUAAUAUCUGAUGAAAGUCAUGACUUUAACGAAAUAUAUGAAACAAGGUUGCAAUCAAAAAUUCGUGAUAACCAUCCAGGGUUUUCUACAUCAAAUGAAAACAGUGAUGAUCCUGUCGUUAGAAAGGCUACUACAUAUUCUAAAUCGAUAGACCAACGGAGGAAUCCAGUAGCACACUCAAAGAGGCCAAUUAAAAAACCCAGAAGUCAAUCCCUUUGUGGAGAAUAUGAAAUUCGCAAGAUGAAGUCACCUUCACGUGGCUUACCUGAUUUGUCUGAUAACAAUUAUGAAUUUAAUGGAAUAAACGAAACUGCUGUACAAUUAAAAACUUGUGAUGAGCAGCAAAGAUUUUCUGUAUCAAAUAAAAACACUGAUGAUCUUGUCGCUAUAAAGGCUAGUGGUUAUACUGAAUCGAUAGAUCAACAGAUGAAACCAUCAACACACUCGAAAUGGUCACAUACAAAAUCUAAAAGUGACACCUCCGGUGAAGAAAAUGGAAUACGAAUGGUGGAGUCACUGAGUCUACCUAUAAUAUCUGAUGAAAGUCAUGACUUUAAUGAAAUAUAUGAACCAAGGUUACAAUCAAAAAUUCGUGAUGAGCAUCCAGGGUUUUCUACAUCAAAUGAAAACACUGAUGACCCUGUCGCUAGAAAGGCUACUACAUAUUCUAAAUCGAUAGAUAAACGGAGGAAACCAGUAGCACACUCAAAGAGGCCAAUUAAAAAACCCAGAAGUCAAUCCCUUUGUGGAGAAUAUGAAAUUCGCAAGAUGAAGUCACCUUUACCUGGCUUACCUGAUUUAUUUGAUAACAAUUAUGGAUUUAAUGGGAUAGACAAAACUGCUGUACAAUUAAAAACUUGUGAUGGACAGCAAAGAUUUUCUGUAUCAAAUAAAAAUACUGAUGAUCCUGUCGUUAUAAAGGCUAGUCGUUAUUCUGAAUUGAUAGAUAAACGGAUGAAAUCACCAACACCGUCGAAAUGGUCACAUACGAAUUCCAAAAGUCCAUCUGUUUGUGGAGAAAAGGAAAUUCGCAAGAUGAAGUCACCUUCACCUGGCUUACCUGAUUUGUCUCAUAACAAUUAUGGACUUAAUGAAAUAUACAAAACUGCUGCAGAAUUAAAAACUUCUCUAUCAAAUAAAAACACCGAUGAUCCUGUCGCUAGAAAGGCCAGUGGUUAUUUUAAAUCGAUAGAUCAACAGAUGAAACCAUCAACACACUCGAAAUGGGCCCAUACAAAAUCUAAAAGUGACACCUCCGGUGAAGAAAAUGGAAUACGAAUGAUGGAGUCACUGAGUCUACCUGUAAUAUCAGAUGAAAGUCAUGACUUUAACGAAAUAUAUGAAACAAGGUUUUCUGUAUCAAAUGAAAACACUGAUGAUCCUGUCGCUAUAAAGGCUAGUGGUUAUUCUGAAUCGAUAGAGCAACAGAUGAAACCAUCAACACACUCCAAAUGGUCACAUACGAAUUCCAAAAGUCCAUCUGUUUGUGGAGAAAAUGAAAUUCGCAAGAUGAAGUCACCUUCACGUGGCUUACCUGAUUUGUCUGAUAACAAUUAUGAAUUUAAUGGAAUAAACGAAACUUCUGUACAAUUAAAAACUUGUGAUGAGCAGCAAAGAUUUUCUGUAUCAAAUAAAAACACUGAUGAUCUUGUCGCUAUAAAGGCUACUGCCUAUUCUGAAUCGAUAGAUCAACGGAUGAUACCAGGAGCGCCAUCAAAGAGGUCAGUUAAAAAACGCAGAAGUCUAUCCGUUUGUGGAGAAAAUGAAAUUCGCAAGAUGAAGUCACCUUCACGUGGCUUACCUGAUUUAUUUGAUAACAAUUAUGGAUUUAAUGGAAGAGACGAAACUGCUGUACAAUUAAAAACUUGUGAUGGACAGCAAAGAUUUUCUGUAUCAAAUAAAAACACUGAUGAUCUUGUCGCUAUAAAGGCUAGUGGUUAUACUGAAUCGAUAGAUCAACAGAUGAAACCAUCAACACACUCGAAAUGGUCACAUACAAAAUCUAAAAGUGACACCUCCGGUGAAGAAAAUAGAAUACAAAUGAUGGAGUCACUGAGUCUACCUGUAAUAUCAGAUGAAAGUCAUGACUUUAAAAAAAUAUAUGAAACAAGGUUUUCUGUAUCAAGUGAAAACCCUGAUGAUCCUGUCGCCAUAAAUGCUAGUGGUUAUUCUGAAUCGAUAGAUCAACGGAAGAAACCAUCUACACACUCGAAAUGGUCACAUACAAAAUCUAAAAGUGACACCUCCGGUGAAGAAAAUGGAAUACGAAUGGUGGAGUCACUGAGUCUACCUGUAAUAUCUGAUGAAAGUCAUGACUUUAAAGAAAUGUAUGAAACAAGGUUUUCUGUAUCAAGUAAAAACCCUGAUGAUCCUGCCGCUAUAAAUGCUAGUGGUUAUUCUGAAUCGAUAGAUCAACAGAUGAAACCAUCAACACACUCCAAAUGGCCACAUACAAAUUCCAAAAGUCAACCUUUUUGUGGAGAAGAGGAAAUUCGCAACAUGAAGUCGCCUCGCUUACCUGAUUUAUUUGAUGUCAGUUAUGACUUUAAUGGAAUAUAUGAGGCUACGGUACAACCAGAAAUUUGUAAUAAGCAUCCAGAAUUUUCUGUAUCAAAUAAAAACACUGAUUACAAGUCUGUAACUAGAAAUGUUAAUGGCUUUUCUGAAUCGAUAAAUCAAUGUACAAAAACAGCAACAUACACAAAAAGUUUUCGUAGAGAAUCCGAAGACCACGCUUCCGGUAGAGAAAAUGAAAUAUGUAAGAUGAAGCCACGUAACCUAUCUGUUGACAGUCAUAGAAAAAAAGAAAUUGGAGUGCAAUUACAAGUUUGUGAUGAACAUCUAGCGUUUCCUAUAUCAAAUAUAAACUUUAAUUAUGAGUCCGUAAAAAAGAAUGCUAAUGCUAUUUCUAUUUUUGAUCCAAUUGAAGAACAGACACAAACUACAGAACAUAUAGAAAGCUUCUCAGAUAUAUCCUCUAUGCUAUCUGAUGCCAGUCAGGUCAUUACUAUAAAAGAAAACAUUGUGAAUCGUACAGAAAUUUUUGAUACACAUCCACAUUCCUUCAGCUUUAAUAAAUCUUACCAAUCAGCCAACCAAACUAUUCCUGAUUUAGGUGAAACGUUUUCUGUAUCAGUUAAUAAAAAUUUAAAUAUCCAGUCUACGAAUACAGGAAUGAGUGGAUCGUCUGAUCAUACUUACUUUAAGGAUUGUAAUAAGAUAAAAAGAGUGCGUGAAACAAAAAUAGUUCAAUCUAAAGCUUGUGGUGAACUUCAAGGGUUCACUAUAUCAACUAUUAAAAAACCAAAUGCAGAGUCUUUAACAACUAAAGAUAUUUCUGCUAAUGAUAAUCAUUUUGGACAUCAUUCAAGUUAUGGUAAUAUCAAGAUAGAUAUGCCAUCGUUUGGUCCCCAAAUUUCUGAUGGAACUUUAGCAAAUAACAUUUCUGGAACAAAUAACAUUUCUGUAACAAGUAACAUUUCUGGAACAAAUAACAUUUCUAGAACAAAUAACAUUUCUGGAACAAAUAACAUUAUUACAGAUACUAAGCCAGUGGCAAAAACUCAACAGCGUAAAAAACGUAAAAGGAAGAUUAAGCUCUCUAAAGACCCGGUAGAAGUAAUUCCACUUGUAUAUAAUAAAAAAAUACAGUCAGCCACUAAUAAACUAGUGGAAAGUCCUAUGAGUGACAGCAAAAAAUUAUCAAAUCUUACCGCAGGUAAAUCUGAAACAUUUAGCAAUAAAGCGUAUGCAGCCAAAUGCGACAUGUCCUAUAAAUGUCCUAUGUUAAAUGAACCUAUAACAAAUUCCCUCAAUAACAACAGAAAGACAAGAACAAAUACUGAAACUGAAGAAGGAAGUACAUUUAAAAUUCCGAAUGUUUUUGGGCCACUGAAAAUUAGAGCUAUAAAAAAUGAAGAAAUUUCCAAGCAAAGUAAUAACAUUGAAAACAUUAAAAAUACUAAAAAAGGUUCCAAUGAAUCAUUAACCAAUUCAACAAGUGAGGAUAGUAAGACUGAUUUUGAGCAAAUUAUUGAUAUAAGUGAUGAUUUUGAUAUAAUGAAGAUUAUAAAUGAACAAAGUACUGAUAAAAUGUCAGAUUCGAUGUAUGAUGACUUCCUUAAUGUGCUGAGCACUGAAUUUUAUACAUCAGAUGAGACGAUAAAAAACGAUCAAUCAAAAAGUGCAGAUAUACAGACCGCUGAUUCAAAUGAAGUGCAAAUAAUGGAAAAAACAUUCGACACUAUAAGCUUUGAAAACAUGGAUAACAUAAUGAAACAUAAUGAAAAUAAUAAUAUUACAGUAAUUGUUCCACAAGAUCAGAUAGUAAAAAGCGAUCAAGUAGCAAAUGAAGAUAUUAAAAUUUCAGUUUCGUAUGAUAUAAAUGAACAUAUGUCCUAUUCUAUAAAUUUUGCUGAUUUAAAUAAUACAAUUUCUACAAAUGCUGAAAAUUGUAAUAGUAAGAACGAUACUUUAAAUGAGCAAUUCGAUAUAAAUAAACUAGAUAUUAUUAGUAAUAUCCAACUAAUAGAACCAACGACUGAACAAUCUCUUGAAAACACAAUUACAGUAUUAAAGACGGAAACGCUGGAAAACAAUUCAAAUAAGAGUGAAGGAUUGGCAAUUUACAUGAGUAAAGUGGUUGAUAAUGAAACGGUUUAUAGUAGAAAAGGUCGAAAAAGAUCACGUUUAAGUGGCAGUACUCCUUCCAUUCCCCAACCAAACGAUGAUUUAAAGCUUGAAACUCUUAAAAAUAUUGUGUCCACAAAAAAAAAACUUUUCAAAAAAAAGCUAUGAAAAGAGGAACUUAAGUUAUAUAUAAUAUAUAUAUAAUUAUGUUAAAUAAUUAUAAGUUAUUUCACUUUUUAAGAAUGUAAAAAUAAAACAUAGACUGUAACCAAUAAAAUACACAUUUAGUCGUGUU